AUGCCUAUCGCAGAACUUUUGGGAGUCCAGUUUGACAUGCACCUGUUGUUGAAGCUAAGUUUUUCUGUGGCUGCAGUGCUGCUGCUUUCUUGGGCCUACAGGUUCUACAGCUCCAGGAAUGUGAGGGAAAGACAACCAUGUGGAAACGACGGCAAAGAAAUGCAAAAUGCUACAUGCCGAAACUGCAAGAAGAUGCUACAGUAUCAAAGCUUACAAGGACAAGACAAGAAUGACGAGGACAAGCAGGACUUAACCACAGAGGAUUUGACAUCUGACAGCAACAAUGGAAUAAUUGCAGAAACUUUUCAAAGCCAAGCUGAAAAAGAAAAUAAGAUGGCCACUCUAAAAGAACGCCAUUCCCCGUGCUGUUUGAAGAAGUUGAAGGGUGGCGUCGGUGUGGGCAGAGAGUUAAGGCAGGACUUGGAGCACCAGGGGGUCUACUCUAGCUUCCUCUCAAAGGCAGAAAUAAAAGUGGAAGAUGCUAAAAUAAUGCUGGAAGGAUCAGAAGACCAGAUAGUGCAUGGAAAGAUUUAUGAUUACUAUGUUGAGUCUUCUUCUCAUUCAAUUACAGAUUCAAAUACUUUGCUGAGUCAAUACGAGAAGAACAUUGAAUCAACGCAGGAGUUUGGAAACAAUAAGAGCAGCCCCACAGAAUUUCCUUCCUCUGUAAGCCCUAUCAUUAUGCGUGAUCUGGUUCUUAAACAAAGCCAAAACGAGGAUGCCUCCUUGGAAGGAAGCCUCAGGCUGAGACGCCCUGCAAGGCCUGCCCUCCUACGCAAGGAAAGCUAUAUUUCUGCAGCAGAUGAGUCUGAGCUUUCUAUCCCAUUUCAAAUUUCAAAAAAAUCAUCUCCAAUGGUUCACUCAAUGAGUGACAAGAUUAUCUACCCUCAAAUUUCUACGGAUAGCAACAAGCAUAAAAAGAUGGAGGAGACUAAUCUGGAGACAAUAGCGGGGGCUCAGUUCUUACACCUUCCAGGAGACUUUCUUCUUGGUACAGAGAUUGAAAAUUUGAAAAGUAAACUUGAUUUAGGUAACUGUUUAGAAGUACUUCAUCUAGCCAAGAAACAUAACCAGAUGUCAGUUCAGCAAGCAGCUCUAGGGGUUAUGUCAGACAACUAUCUGCAGGUGCUCCGUGACCCCAACCUUUAUGGACGGCUAAUGGCUAAUGAGCGAGAACAAAUUUGGAAGAAGAGAACAAGAGGAAGACAAUUUGUCAUUGUUGCAGAUAUGGACCCUCAAGACUGGUUGAGAAACACAGAAGGGCAGAGAUCAAAUGCAGAACAGUGGAGCACAUCCAGUGCAAUGUACUAUUAUGAUGACUACAAAGACUCCUGGCAUACUCUCUGCCUGAUCCCACAAGAGGUCAUCUCUAGAGCCUGUGCCAUGUGUACAAUGGAUAACUACUUAUUUGUGGCAGUAGGCUGCCAAGGCAAAGACAGAAAAAUGACACCCUCAAAGAGAGUGUUUUGCUACAAUCCUUUGACAUCCAUUUGGAAAGAAAUCAGUCCCAUGAAUGAAGCCAGGCCUCGCUGCAAACUGGCAGCACUGGAUGGGUACAUCUAUGCUAUUGGAGGAGAGUGCCUUUCUUCAGUGGAGCGCUACGACCCACGACUUGACAGGUGGACAUUUGUGGCUCCAUUACCAAAUGACACAUUUGCUGUUGCUCAUCAGGUCACAGUGUGCAGUGGAGAAAUUUUUGUUUCUGGAGGUACUCUUAGAUAUAUAUUACUGCGCUACAACCCCAAAACGAACACCUGGAGGCCAAGUCUGAUGGUAGGCAGCAACGACCGAACCACAGAUAUGGUUGCUGUGGGGAGAUUUCUCUACAGGUUUGAUGUUAACCCUCUGCUGGGUGUCAGUGUAUACCGCUACCAUACUGUUGCACGACUGUGGUAUGAGUGCAGCUCCAAAUCAAUUCUCCAUUGCCCUGUCUUCCAGUGUGUCCCCAUGAGUGGCACAAUCUAUUGUAUCAGCCGGCACUUCACCAUGAGGUUUGAUGCUGAUGAGAUCUCACCUGCUUUUGCAAAAGAGAAUUUGAGCAUCCUCUCUGCAGCCAAGGGCAUACUCUUUCCUUUUGUCCUUUACCUGUCUGAUAAAAAUCCUCGACAAACAAGUGUGUAA